AUGGGAUCCAUCGACAAGUUUCUAGGCCCUGGCCUCAGCUAUGGCAAUAAUCACGAUCAGCAACUGCCCUCGGAGGCUGACGACAUUGGUCUACAGAACCCCGCUCAUUCUCUGAAUCUCCUUCACCAAGAAAUUCUAAGCGAAGGCGACGUGACCCGUGACUUCGACCAGAAUUUUGAACCGUUCCGUCUAGCGUUUUCCCAUGGGCCGUUUCUUUGGCCUAGAUCGCUCUGUGGGCCGACUGGACCGACAAACACAUCAGUGACAGUUGACUAUCAGCUCACGUGGCCAGGACUGAACCCCCUGCUUGAGAGAGCCGCCAUGAUAGGAGAGCACAAGCAGCCGUAUGUUAUCAUACCAAGCGAGUGGGCACCAAUGGACAACCCAGGCGAUAUGACGAAGAGACUCCAAAGAGAGAUGAGAGGUAGAUAUGCGCAUCGUUACAAGUGCCCUCAAGUCUUCGUCUUCGAUUCAUUCCACCUCGUCAUUCUGCAAUUCAGAGCUGCGAGCAAGGAUCAGAUACAGGAUGAGAACUGCCACGUCGAUAUCUGCAUCAUACCCAGGGGGCAACUCUCCCAGGAACAAUGCACCAUCCAAUACGCACUCUACCGAUUGGCAUGGAGAGGCUGGAUGCGUCUUUCGGCGAUGUUGGCAACUCAGCAGGGUUCGAAAAGAAAGACGGUGACCGUUGCUGUUGACGGAAUACCUCGUACAUACGAGUGGUGGUCAGGAAAGCCAUUGUGGGAGGUGGCUCCUGGUCGUUACCAGUAUGGCCAUCCAAAUGGAUGGAAACGCCAGUUUUUCAGAUUAGGGACGGGUGGGUAUUGGAUUUGGGCGGAUGAUAAUGGUAACUAUCCGGAUGGGGGGUUGGUGUAUGACACUGGGAAUUGUUUGCAGUGA